AUGUCGCUCUCCUUGGUCGCGAAAAGAACGGUGGCGACAUGCUCUCGUUUAGCAGCCCUCCCAGCUCAACGUCGUCGUCCCUUUUCAACCCAUCACCACCAGGAAGAUCAUGACACCACUGCUUAUCCUCAGGAGGGUUUUGGAAGCCCCUUUUGGCGCAACAUUGUUUUAUUUUCCUUGCUGGGUGUUGCAGGGUAUAAAUACUUGCCCGAACGUGCAGAGGAUGUCUACUUGACAAGGUGGAUCGCGAUGUACACUUCGCCAUCUGAACAUUGGCUGGACGUGAAUACAAAACACACCGCGCAGCAGUUGGAAGUUUCAAAAGAGGGAGUGCUUAUGAGAGACGCAAAAAAGCUACCAGUGCAUCGAUACCGAUACCCGCAGGCAUUGGACCAGUCUUCGCCUUUUCUGAACGCUGUUGGUAUGGGGGUGGAUGUGAAGGGUGUUGUUGCCAAGGUGUAG